CACGAGAACAUCAAUACCAACUAUCCUAAGCACGAAAUGGACGCUUUACGUGUAGAAUGCAGAAAUGCAGAAAUGACUCGUCGGGAGUAGCGCAGGUUCUGUGCGAAGAAGAGCAAGACCGGUCUUCACCAGCUCAGCGCCUAGUAUUUGGAGCAAGUGCUAGCCUUGAGCCUCCUAGCGACCAGUCUCCUUUGAUAGCAGAGCUUUCGUCCUGCCAGAGCGUGAUAUAUCAGGACUCACGCGCUCUUGGGCGCCUGGUUCGGCCCCGCGUGGUGCUCGAUUCGCACAGCGAGUGCCCGUCCACGCUGCGGGCGUCGCUCAUUUACGACUAUUGGCAGCCAUCGAUUGACUGCAAGCUAGCUCCGGAGCAGCACCUGCGCAUUCCGUUGGACGCAGCUUAUCGGACCACAUCUGCGUUCUUCUUGUCUACUUUCCUUACCCGUACUGGAGGGCAGGGGGGCGUCAUUGCCUUGCCCGGUAGGCAGGAGUGGUCUGGAAGCCGGACAGCGGCGGCCGUCAGCCAGGAGGUGCAGCGGCAACAGUAUUUUGCCCAAGCACGGCGGGCUUGGGAGGAGAGCGAGGGCAAGCACAGCCAAAGCCGGCAUCCUCUUGCUCGUAGUGACGCGGAGUUUACGCUUGAGACAGGCCAGGAGUGGGCAGCAUCGUCGCUGGCGCUAACGUUUAACACCAGCGCGGAGCUUCCGUGGCUGCAGCGUGUAAUCCUGAAGCUACUGGUGGUACCGAAGGCGCCCGUUGAUGUCAACGGCAGCGCGGCGGAGCAACCUAGCACCGAGCAAGGGACUGUAGCUAUGGCGACUGCGUCCGCGACGCAGCCCGUGCCACAAGCGCACGUCGCGCGGAGGCGCACAGCAGAUGGGGGGCCAGAAGCCGCGGAGGAAGGACAGGCGCUGGAGCAGCCGCCGACAGCGGCUGCUGGCGGGCCGCCAGUGGCCGAGGGGGGUGCGCCUGCACCGCCGGCAGGCGGACCCGUGACAGCAGGUGUAGCGAUGCCGAAUGGCGUCGCCUCUGCUUCGGGGUCACCAACAGGGGGUUCGAGCGGCCGACAGCAGCCGGGCUCGCAGUCAGGCACCAGCGGCGGCGCAGGAGGUGAUUCGCACGGCAGUGACGGCGAAGCGGACGGCGCGGGUGGCCGCGGUCCGCAAGGUGGCGGCCUCGGCGGCGGCGCCGGUCGGGGGACCGGGGCAAGCGGCGGCAGUGGUGGCAGCGGCAGCGGCAGUGGGAACGGCGGCGAUCGCGAGGGUCCGGGACGAGAACGCAGCGGCGCGGACCAGGGCGGGCAAGGCGACAAGGCGGCGCGCAAGCAGAAGGCCAAGCGCGAGUCUGAGGUCUCGGAGGGCGAGGCCCUGGCGGUCGCUGCCGACGUGCAGUCGCCGCCGAUGAUUGGGGAGGAUGUGCGGGUGAUGGCGUCCGGUAGCCUCAGCGACCGUGACACCACAGGGCCACGGUCGCAGGCGGAGGGCGGCGGCUGUGCGCCGGCGGCGGCCGCAGCAGGCGCCAGCGACAAGCCCGCGCAUGCCAACGAGCCGCAGGGGCCGCGCAAGGGCGGCAAGCAGCAGCAGCAUCAGCAGCAGCAGCAGGCCGGCGGCUGUCCGCCGGCCGAGCCCAAGCCGACGGUCAAGUUGAUACCUGAGAGCAGCGCCAGCGGCGGCUCGGAGAAGCGCGCGCCAAGUUCAGUGCCUGGGCAUUGCGGCGGCGACUUGAACGCUACUGCAACGCGGCAGGGUAUCGCCGCGGCUUGCACCAGCGGGUGCUGCGAAGGCGAACCGGCCUCGGACUCCUGCACCUUGCAAGACCAGCAGCCGUUCUCAGGCGCCGCGGUCUCUGCUACGGCGCCUGUCCUUUCGGUAGCCGCGCCCGCAGAUCCGUGCGCGCGCGCAUCCGCGGCCGUCCCCAGCGUUGACGUUGCGUCGCCAGCCGCGACAGGCAGCGGCCGCCCCGCGGCACCAGCACCAGCAGCGUUGGUCUCGCCGCAGACUGGCUCCAGAGCCGCGCCCUCGGCGCCUGCGGCCUCGCAGUUGCAGCAGCAGCCACCACGGGCGCCGCCCCAGGCGAACGGCACCCCUUGGCAGUCAUCGUCCUCCGCGUCGUCGUCCUCGCCGCCGCAGGCGCAGCAGCCACAUGCCGGCAAGGGCGCGCCCGCGGAGCCGCAUCCGGCCGGCGCGUACCCGCACCCCGCCAUGCCCGCCAUGCACCCACCCGGCCCGCAGCAGCUGCACCACGGCGGCCACGCCGGGCACCCGCCCAUGCCCAACGGCAAGCUCCGCAACGGCGAGGUGCUCGACCCAGCCGGGCUCCUCCCGCCGCAGCUGCUGCCCUUCCUAGGCGCCUUCUCGCCCCAGGGCCACAGCCCCUCCGCCGGCACGUCGCCGCCCGUGUAUGGUGGCGGCGGCGGCGGCGGCGGCGGCCCGGGGCACGGUGGCCCAGGUGGGCCCGGGUACCCCAACGGCAUGGACGUGGCGCUGCUGCAGCAGCUGCUGAUGGCGCAGCAACACGGGCAGCACGGCGGUGGCGGCAACAGCGGCAGUGGCGGCGCUACCGGCGGCGCAGGCGGCUACGGCUGGCAGCAGCAGCAGCAGCAGCAGCACUCGAACAUGUACCCGCACCAGGCCGGGCCAACGCAGCAGCAGCAACAGCAGCAGCAAGCCGCGCAGGCGCAGGCAGUGCAGGCGCAGAUCAUGCACGCACAGCAGCAGCUGCUGCAGCAACACAUCUUGCAACAAACGGCCGCCGCAGCUGCGGCGCAGCAGCAACAGCAGCACCACCACCACCACCAGCAUCAGGGGCACCACGUGCCGCAAGGGCUGGGGCAACAUGGCCUUGCGGCGUCGGAGUUGCCGACGGACGUGGCCGGCGCUGGGCCUGGCGACGUCGCAGACGACGUUGGGCUAGGUCACACGCUCAUGCCGCCGCCCAUACACGCGCCGCUGCCCUCCCUCGCAGCCUCGCAGCAGCAGCAUCAAGCGCCCAUGAGCGCGGGCGCGGGCGACGCGGCCGCGGCUGGUGGCGUUGCGUGGGACGGCGUUGUGGUGCCGUCGACACGCAGCGAGCCGUCGUCGGCGGUGGCGCAGCCGCCUGUGGAGCGCGUGGGCCCGCCGCCGCCGCGAGUGCAGAGCCAGGGCAACAUCCUGGGUUCACAGCAAGGAGGCGGCGGUGGCGGCGGCGGCGGCGGUGGCGGGCGCAACGGUGACGGAGGGCGGCGCGGUGAGGGCGGCGCGGCGGGGCGCGACGCCUCCUACCGCGGCGGCCGCACCAGCUUCAACGGCCAGGCAGGAGCAGCCGGGCCCAUGCCAGGCGGUGGCGGUGGCGGUGGUGGGGGCGGUUCGGGGCAAGGGGCUGGGCCGAAUCAGCAAGGCGGCUUCAACAACCGAUCGUUCAACACAGGCGGAGGCGGCGGUGGGGGCGGCAACACGCGUCAGCACGGCAGCGGCUCGCACCCGUUUAUCCGCGGUGGCGGCGGCGGCGGCGGCAACAACCGCUUCGCCGAGCCUGGCGGCGGCGGCCACGGCGGCUCGGCGGACAGCAGCCGCCCCUCCUCGCGCGGCCCCGGCAUGGGGCCGCACGGCGGCGGCGGCCGCCACGGGCACGGCGGCGAGGGGAUGCUGCCUGGGCCGCCCGACACCAUCUCGCUGCCCGACCCCAAGGGCUCCUGCGACCUGGACCGCUUCAUCAGCCAGGUGGAGCCGGUGCUGGCCUGCGACCCCGCCAAGCCGCUGCAGCAGGCGCUGCAGGAGCUGCGGCUGCGCGACCUGUGGAGCUUCUACUUCGAGCCCAGCCUGUACGGCAGGGAGGUGUUCACGCUGGGCGGCCACCGCGGCGCCUCCAACUCCUACUUCGUGCCCUACCUGUCAGCCAUCCAGAUAUUCACCAAGGCCGGUCCCGGUGACGUGGGCGGCACCAACCGCCUGUACGUCAGUGAGGACAGCUGCGGCUGGCCGCGCCACAUGCACCUCAAGUUCGAGUACUUUGAACACGAGCUGCCCUUCAACCGCCUCCCGCUGUACGACCAAAUUGAGGCGCUGUCCACCGCGAUGGCGGCCAAGGCAGCCGCGGCGCAGGCCCAGGCGGCAGCCGCCGCGGCUGCCGCUUCCGCGGCGGCGCCCGGUGUAGGCAGCCCGGGGAGCACAGAUGGCAGCGGCGCUGAGGCCGCCGCGGCGGCAGCGCCGCAGGCAGGCCCCAGCCCAGCUGAGCGGGAGAUGAAUGGUCCUGCAGGGUCGGACGAGGCAGCUGCAGCGGCUGGGUCAGCAAGCGCGGCAGAAGGCGAGGAGGGCGGGACGGCUGCCGGCGAGGUGGCUGCCGAGGUUGGCAAAGCGGCAGAGGCCUCCAAGGCCGCAAGCCCCGAACAGGCUCGUCAGCAGCAGGCGCAGCCUGGCGCUGCAGCGGAGGCCGCCGAGCCCGGCGCAGCUUCAUCCGCAGGUGCCGAGCCGAGCGCGGACGCCGAGAGCGAUGCAGCGGCCGUGAAGACGCCUGCGCCCACAAAAAAGGCGCCGUCUGUGGCCAGUAGCGGCGGCGAGGCUACCGCAGGCGCUGCCUCGGCAGCCUCCUCCGCAGCCGACAGCCCGGCCGGCCCCGCCUCCGGCGGCGCAGCCGCCGCCACCAGCGCAGCCGGAGGCUCACCCGCCGCCUCCACCGCCUCCAGCUCUGGCGCCGCCGCCGCGGAUCCCGCUGGAUCCAGGCUGCUGUACGACAUGCGGCUCCUGGAUCUGCACCCCGCCUCCUGGUUCGCGGUGGCCUGGUACCCUGUGUACCGCAUCCCGGACGCGCCGCUGUAUGCGCGCUUCCUGACCUUCCACUCCUUCGGGCCGCUGGUGGAGUCGAUGCGCAACGUGCACGAGCGCCUGGCCAUGGGGCAGCUGGGGCCCUACAGCCACCUCACGUUGCCGGUGGUGGGCCUGAUCUGGUACAACAUGCAGGGGGAGCGCUGGAUGGAGCCGCUGGACGAGUCCGCGGCAGCGGCCCAGAUGGCGGGCGGCGGCGGGGCGCACGGCCCGCCGCCGCCGCCGCCGUCCGGCCCGGGCGGCAGCAUGGCGGCGUCGCCCACACAGCGGCCGCCGCGCGGCGGGCGGCACGGCGCUGGCACGGACAUGUGGUACCAGCACCUGCUCAACCAGCUGCAGGGUAACGCGGAUCGGCUGGCUCGUGGCCUGAACCUCAAGGUGCUGGGGCAGCACGGCGCGGAGGAGGUGCGGCUGCGGGUGCCCGACUACGAGUUCUUCAGGGCCCGCGCAUGAGCACGUGCGGGUGGCUUGAGCAUGUGUGGCUCACAGCGACACCGCGGCGGGGGCGGCAGCGUGGACAGCUUCGCCAGCCCCAGCAGCGCGCCGGGUGCAGCAGGCGCGGCAGCGCCUGAAUACGGGCCGUGCCAGCCCUGGAGAUAAGAGCGGGAGCAGCGGCAAGCGAGCGCACACCCGUGGUGCAAAGGCGAUGCCAUGCGGCUUGGCAGAGCACUCUGCCGCGCAGCGGCGCAUGUGAUGGGUGCUGAGCGACAGCGCGCACCGACAUCAUACUUCGCGCGUGGUCCUUGGUUCCCAAGCGUGCAGCGGCCGUCACUUAUGCUGCUGCGCAUGUGUGCUGCGUGGAUGGGGCGCGGUGCUGGGUUAGGGUGGCAGGGCUCCACCUCCCAGCCGCUUCCAACUCUGUGGCCGGCCGUGUGAUGCUGCUCGCAUGGGCAGUGCCGUGCGCUCUGCCCGUGGGAGCUCGCCCUACCCGUGGAUACCGGGCUAAUGAUCGUCUCCUCCGCAUGCCGCGCCGGGUGGGACAGACGUUUCUAAGAGAAGAUAUAUGCGCGAGAUAACAGCACUUGAGGUGCCCGGGGGCAACGUGUGGCGGCUAACAGACCAGCGCUGCCUGCCUGGCACGUAGGUUGCACGGCUGCGAUAUUGCACCCAAGCGCGAGCCCAAGGCCGUGCAGGUCCUGCCGUCAAUGGCUCCGUGUGUGUGCGUGUGCCGACAUGCCAAUGCAUUCCAGUUAGGUACAAACACCGAGUGGCUUCGGCACCGUGAGUGGUGCUGCCGUGGUUAGUAUGUGUGUGCGUGUUGCGUCUGCAACAUGUGGGGGCAAGGUGCCAGUAUGGAUGAGGCAUGAAGGAGGUACGCGUAGAAUGCCUUGUCGAGGAAGCAGCAGGCGGUGCAGCGCUGGAGUGGUAGGCCGUACACCCUUGCCGGCGGCACUCGCUGUCUGUCCGAUUUCCUGAAGGGUGUUGUAGAGCGCAUAGGUUUCGCCAUAAUUAGCCCCACGCCACGGCCGCAGAGGGCAGGAUUGCGCGCGGGAUGAUUUUGCUGACAAAGGCAUUUGGAUCAGACCAGGACAUGCUAAGAGAGAAGAGUAGCUGGGAAACGGUGUUUGGGUUUGUGUGCUCGCGUGUAUGUAUGUGCUUAUUUGGGUGGGUUGCACUCAAGGGAUACAAACCUUACCGUUACCGGCCCACAGUUACGUAGACCGGCCCACCGUUACGUAGACCGGAGGGAUGUCGAGGCGGUGCGUCAGGUAAGCUUGGCGCAGAUUCCGGAGGGGCGCGGGCCUGGAAUCUUCCUGUCUCCGGCACUCGCACUGCCCGGCCCCCAUGCACGACUAUGGGACCUAUCAACGUUUUUGCUUUCAUUGCGUGUUGUGGUGUGUGUGGGUCUGUGUUUCCGUUUCGACCGGGCGUGCAUAAGACUGUUGUGAUGGUGUGCUGCAAACAGCAGGCGAGUUGCGCCUCGUGCGCAAAACGAAACAUGCUUGCAAGGGGCAGUGCACUGUGCAAGGGGGCGAACACAUGCCGAGCCACCGCCACGGCACACGGCAAAGUCGGGGCUUUAAGCGCCCCUUGAUUCUUUUUCCUGCUGUAAGCUGGCCCCUUC